GGGGAGGGGUGGGUCUGAGGCGUCGUUAACUGCCUGCUACUUCUAUGGACGUAGAGUGAAUAUCAGAAGACAUGAUGUAAAUAUGGCGGCAAAGGAGAUUGUAAACAGCCGUCAAAGUGAUGUCGAACCUAUAGUUAACCGCUGGUUAACGGAUUUUUACUUUUCUUUGGCGCUAGAGUUGUUUCAGAAGGAGCAAUACGCGGACUUCUUGGGCAUUAGACAUGUGCUUGACAGUGUCUUGGUUCGUCCUCUUGAGGUCACUGAUGCCACGCAAAUUAAGAUUCGAGUAUUGCAGUUCCUCUCCCGGAUAAAUGAGGGUGAAAGCCUUGAUGUGUCAUUUGAGUCUGACCAGAUAAGUCCUCUGGAAUCAGCUAUGAUUUUGCUGGAGCACAUCAACCAGGAAUUCAGCAUUCCACAGCAGGAUUUCGAGAAUGUGUGCACAGCACUUAAAGAGAUGAUUGUGAUGAUUUUCAUUAGGAACAAUGAAUUUGACAAAGCAGAAGAGGUGCUCAAGAAACACUUUCCCAAACCAAUGGUUGGCAAGAAAGCUAUAUUCAUGGGACUCAUCAGAAGGAAGAGUAAAAAGCAUGAAGUCAUUGAUCAAAUCAACUUUCAACAGUUCAAGGUGGAGAUGUUGGCCUUUUGCGAGAAGCUCUGCCCAGUCAGUGUUCCCUUUCUCCACAAGGCAGCAAAAAUGUGUAUUGAUAAAAGACUUAGGGAACCAGAUGACAAUGCAGCUGGUCCUGAUGAGCAGGACGAACCUGGGCCGUCUUCUGUUCCACAAAUAAACACCAACGUCAAGUUUGCACAAUGUAAACGUACAACUAUCUCGAAGUCCAGGCUUGCGGUGGCCUACAGAGAUUUGUGUCCAGGUUCUGAUGAGAAAACAUUUGUUCUGCUGGAUGAAGAAAUGAAGAGAGAUGAGCUGGCAUCAAAAGAGCUUUCUCUGCACCUCUCACCCACACCCACGAAAGGUACCAACAAGGACUCCGAGCAGGAUGGGUUAUUUCAGAGAGACUCGGGCAGCCCCAUGGAGGCUUCCCCAGCAGACCAGCCGCGACAAAUGGAUGCUGAUCCUCAAGCACAGGGAGGUUCACGCUCAAAGACACCCUCAGUGACAAGGAAAAGGCGGCUUUACACUGUGGCGCGAUUGGUGGUCGAACCGGACAGCCAGGGCAGCUCACAGUGCACGGCGGUUUCACAGGAACUGGAGACUGAAGUGAGAACAGAAGAACCACCACAGUCACCAGCUAUACACACUAAAAAAGACCUGCAGAACCCAGUGAUGGACAAUGAGAUUGCCAUGCCCACACGGAAAUACCCCAGACGAGCCAGAAAACUUUGCAGCAAAGUCUCGACUAAUAUGGCAGACUUGUCGGCAGACAGUGAUGAGGAGCGCCCUGACUCUGUGGCCAACAGGAAGACUUGUGUGUCAGUCAGCAGAAACUCUAAGUCGAGGCAGUCGUCGUCAGGCAGUGGAGUUGAACCACAGGAGUCAGUGGUCCCCUGCAAAACACCGGUGCAGAAACCUGAUAAACAACUGACCAAUGAUCCUCACAGCAAGAGGGGUCGUAUUUCACCUUCAGAAAGAAUAGUGGAUCGCACAAGAGCAGCAAAAGCAUUAAGAAAGUGCACUAAGACAAAGCAGGUGUCAUCAGAUAGUGAAGAAGAAAAACAGAAGUCAGAGGCUCCCUGCAAAACCCCAGUGCAGAAACCUUGUAAACAGCUGGGCAGCGAUCCCCACAGCAGAGAUCCAUGCAAUACAGAAGAAGUCUGUGUCACAGAUUCUUCAUUGGACAGUUCAGCCAAUCCGCUCCCUCUUCACCCUAUCCCUCAGACGAGUUCCACUCCUGACAAGGGCUCUGCUGGAGACAAAGGCCCUUCUAAUUCAAAAUGGAAACAGCUGUUCAAUAAUGCAACAGAGAGUAAGGAUACAUGGAGUGAUGAAGAGUCAUAUUUCACCUCUAGAAAGAAUAGCGGAGGAUUGCACAAUGACAGCACCAUUUCAAACUCAGGAAUCAGGAAGAAGAAGUGGACCGAGACGGAGUCACAGAAGUUGAAAGAAGGAGUGAAAAAAUUUGGAGAGGGCAACUGGAGUAAGAUAAAGUCAUACUACUCCUUCAAUGAUCGAACAAAUGUCAACCUUAAAGAUAGAUGGAGGACCAUGAAAAAGUUAAAUAUGGUCUGAAAGAAUAUCAAAAGGACUUGAUUCUUCUUAAUUCCUCACAGGCAUUUUAUUGUUUUCAGAGGAGUAUGCAUCUUGUCCAUUGCAAUCCAGUCUUUUUCUUCCCUUUUCUGAAUUCAAGGGUACCUUGGAUGUUUGUCAGCAUUCCCAUAUUUUCCUAUUUUUGUCUCUAAGUGAUGAAUUACAGACCAGACAAUUUUUUUUUUUUAAAUUGGUCUAGUAUUGAGAGUGCUGCAGCCAGCUUCAAAGUAAUCCUUCAAAGCAAGUGCUUCUAUUUCCCUCAGACAGGCUCAGAUGAUUAUUUUAAGUGUCUGACAUUAUGGAAAAGAUCCCUACAGAGAUACAUAUUUUUGUUAUACAGAAAGAUCUUUUGUUUAUCCAGAAACAGCACACUAAAACAACUUUCGUUCAUCUUUCCACUGUUCCAACAAUUUUCAACUCUGGUUUGGUUGAAGUAAACCCUUGAUACAUAGUUGGAUGUGAAAAUAUGGGAUGGCAGAUGGGUCUCAGUAAGGGAGCAGUGGGAAACUGUAAAUAUUUUUACAUCUAACUUGAUGAAUCAACCAUACCAGAGUUGGUGAUUGUUGGAAGAGUACACGGACUAACAAAAACAUUUUAAGUUUUGGUUACUAUGGAGUUUGCACGAACUGUGUUUUACAAAGAUAAAGUUACGUUUUCUUUAAAUGGAGCCUGUUGGCUUUGAGGAGUGUAUUAUAAGAGCUGUUUGUGGUGAAACAAAUGAUUUUACUGUUUAAGAAAGGUCUCUGUUGGCUUCUUUUCCAUGCGGUACACAGUUGCCCACAGGGAUUACUUUGCAACCUGUUUCGUUGCUGCCAGCUGCAGCUCUCCUUCUUACUGGACCAAUUUCAAAAAUUCUUGCCUCCAUUAGUUACUUAGACACAAACACAGAAAAGUAUGUUCAUGUUGAAACAUACCUGUUACCCUUUAAUCAUGUUUAAUGAAGCUAUUGUACAGUUUGAGUUCAUACUUUUCUAGUUCAAUAAAUUUUAAUGGUUCAGUUUGCAAGA